GAUCCAACUAGACAGCCGAUGUAACCGUUUUCCGCGUUCACGAAGAACCCCUUCUUCUUCUUCUUCAAAUGAUUUCUCAAUCAAUAAGAAAUCUGCAAUAAAAUCUCACAAUUGUUUUCUCCGUUGAUAAUAUGAUCGGGUUAAUUCUGAUGCUUCUAUAAGUUUAAUCGAAGCUAGCUAGAAUCAAUGCGGCCGAUGAGGAUAAUGAUCGUGGCUUUGGUUGUGACGCUGUUGCUUUUGGUUGUGGAAGGAAUCGAUACGAACGAUGUGUAUAGUCCAUGUUUAGAUUCAAAGAUUCAGAGAUCUGAUGGAUUUACAUUUGGUGUAGCGUUUUCUUCUAAAGAAUCAUUCUUCCAGGAUCAGAUUCAAUUUUCUCCUUGUGAUACUCGUCUGUCUUUGGCUUCUAAAAUGGCUCAGCUCGUCGUGUUUAGACCUAAGGUCGACCAACUCUCGUUUCUCACCAUUAAUUCCUCCACCUUCAAUCCGGCUUUGAAUGGUGGGUAUAUGGUAGCAUUUGCUGGGCAAAAGUAUGCAGCAAGAUCUCUCCCAGUAAUGAUCACUGAUAAUUCUAAUACCAUAACUAGUUUCACUUUGGUUCUUGAAUUUCAAAGGGGAAUUCUUCAAAACCUGUUUUGGAAGAAAUUUGGAUGUGACAAAUGCAGUGGGGAUUUCUCAUUAUGCGUGGACAACCAAGACUGUGCAAUUCCAAACUCCAAAUGUAAGUACAAUGGUGGUUCUGUUGAUUGCAAUUUAGGCAUACAACUUGCAUUUUCAGGGACAGAUAAGAACCUGGAAGUCCUCAACUCCUGGUAUGAAGUCGACAAUCUCAGACGUUUCUCCCUCUACCAGCUUUUCUCUGAUGUUCGUGAUACGGUCACCAACCCAUUCGGUUAAAAAUCUUUUGCAUCUUCAGCUCUGUAGGCAAGGAACCGAUAUUCUUCAUCAUAGUUCAGAGCUAUGAUAUGCAUGUGUCAAGAUGGCUAAUUCAUAGGAAGAAAUAUAGUUUCGUCAUUGGUCCAAACAUUUUGUAAGAUAUUGUACAAUCUUGAAGAUUCAAUACAGACAAACACACACAUAUAUAAUGCAACAUAAUAUCAUUGAUUUCCA